UCUUUGCCUCACCAAACCAAAAUUUCGCCUCUUCAUCUUACCGCCGCGUUCUCGACUACCAUCCCGCCGCCUUGUCGUCAGCUUUACAUUUCUUUGUAAUCGCUGCCGGCGCAUAACCCCGCCCUAUUUCUCUUCAAUUUCUUAUUCUUACGAGGCUCAGGGAAAGAAUCCAUCUGGUUUCCAGCUGUGUCGCGCCCUCACUUGAUACCUUUUCUUUUGCCUCGAUUCCCCCAAAACAUCUCUCCGACCACACCCUCCACCAAAGCGUGGAUUGCCUAGUCGGCGAUCUUCUUCAAUAGUACAACUACGUCUCAUCAACAAUCGAUAAGUUUCGACGACUUCUCGACCACAAAUUCAAUCCAUCGAAAUGGCAACCACAUCUAUGGAUUAUGAGAAUGCAAACGGCGAUCGUUUCGACGAUGAUGCCGCUCGCUACGACCGCGACCGUAGUGCGUCGCCGCGUCGCGAUGAUGGCCACGAUUCGCGCCGUCGCUCGAUGUCUCCCAAUGGUAACGAUCGCGCGCCAGUUAAAUCUGACAGCGGCCCAAAAGACGAUGAUGGUGCUAUCAAUCCCGGAUCCAAUCUCUUCGUGACAGGCAUCCAUCCUCGCCUGGAAGAGUCCGAAGUCACUCGUCUCUUUGAGAAGUAUGGCGAAGUCGAGAAGUGCCAGAUCAUGAAGGAUCCCCAUACUGGUGAAUCGCGUGGCUUUGGUUUCGUUAAGAUGAUGACCUCUGAGCAAGCCGAUGCCGCCAUGGAGGGCUUGCGCGGCGAGGUGAUUGAGGGUCGCACUCUCAAUAUUGAAAAGGCCCGGCGUGCCCGUCCUCGCACCCCCACUCCUGGAAAGUACUUCGGUCCGCCAAAGCGUGAUCCUCGUGGUCGCUUCGAUGACCGCCGUCGCGGUGGAUACGGCAGCUAUGGCGGUGGUGGAGGUUAUAGCCGAGACGACUCGUACCGCGGUGGCCAUCGCGGCUACCGUGAAGACCGUGGCUACGACCGUAGCUAUGAACGUGGCGACCGUGGCUACGACCGCGGUUAUGGCGGCCGGGACUAUCGUGACGACCGUGGGUAUGGCCGUGACUAUCGCGAGGACCGAGGCUAUGAUCGUCGUGAUCGUGAUGACUAUAGCCGUAUUGAUCGUUAUGCAGGGCGUGAAGACCGUGACCGCUACGGAGCUGGCGGUCGUGGCGCUCCGGAUGACCGCCGCGGUCCCAGCUACGACCGUGAUCGAUACGAUCGCGCCAGCGACCGCGAGUCUCGCCCCCGCGACGCCGCUUCGGGUGCUGCCGGAGGCUACGGCGACCCGGCUCCGCGCGGCGAUACCCGCGAACCCUACGGUAACAGUACCCAUCCCAGUCACCUUUCUACCAGAGUUGUAAUCUGACUUCCUCAGGCGGCCGCUAAUCGACGCUCCUCGGUCCGAAAAAUACUGGCUCAUCUCGGGCUAUUCGUCUUCCGACUAGAUUGCGGCACGGUUUUCCUAGCUUUCUCUUUUUCUUCACGGUUUGGCAUGGGCAUAAUUCGGAUAUCCCAAAAUUCGAUUGGAGUUUCUCGGCGGGAAUUUGGAGGGUUAGUGGCCCUGUUUCGGCACAUC